CACUGCGCAGUGGGUCAUUGCGAUCCAUACAUAGCAGACGACGAUGUUUCUUGACAACUUCAAAACAUUGAUACGUUUGUCGGUAGAAUGAAAAUAAUGAGUCACCCGACAUACAGAUAACCCGUGGACAACACUGUAUCCAUACACAUGCAGAGAAAAAAGGAACCGGCUAUCUGUCAGCACCGAGGUAAGGAUUCUUCGACCAUGACCAGUGUUUUGGACUACAUGAAGAUACUCCUCCGGCUGCCACUGCACCAGUCAACUCUUCCGGUGACGAAAGUUGCGCACAUGUUCAAGGAACCAUACAUCCUCAGCGGUUACCGACCAACUAACAAACCGUGGACCUACUAUAUACUCAGUUUCUUCCAGCUUCAUAACGAGUCAGUCAAUGUGUGGACGCACAGUCUUGCCUUUGUGUUGGUCCUCACUCAGAUUUAUCGACUGAGCGUAUCCAUUGACUUUGAAACCAACAAGGACGCGGCCACCAUUAUCGGCUUCAGCAUUGGCGCCCUUAUCCAAGCCUUUCUGAGCUCCGCCUGUCAUCUCCUGCACACCAAGUCCCCUUGGUGGCACUACAUCUGGUUUCUGUUGGACUAUGCAGGAGUGACCUUCUGUAGUUUUGGGACAGGACUAGCCUGCUUCUACGUUUGCUCACAUAAGUAUAUUUAUGGGCUAGUCGAAAAUGUAUUCUUGCCGUUUAAUGUAUUAAUGAGUUGGAUGGGGUUCUGUUCAUGUUGUAUUGCCAAACUCUGUUUCAAGGACCCUUACAGCAAAGGAAGAAAGAUGUUGAUGGUAUUUGCAUUAGGUUCCCAAGCGUUCCUCUUGGGUAUCCCAGUCCUUGCCAGGUACGUUCCCUGUAUCCUGGACGACGAAUGCAGCCUCUCUUCCCUCACACAUCUCCACUUCGUCUUCAUUUUCCUGAUAUGCGAUGCUCUAACCUUCACCACUCACUUCCCAGAAGCGCUCAAACCAGGGCAUUUCGAUAUUUUCGGCCACGGACACCAAAUAUUCCACAUCAGUACGUUGAUCACCAUGAUAGUUGAAAUGGAAGCCAUCAAAACGGAUAUUCUCUCUGGCGCUACUGCGCAUACGCGUCCAGAUCUAACCUCAUUCCUGACGGCAUUUGUAGUUUUGAUAGUCGUUGAAUUGUUAACGUUAGUGAGUAUGAGAGGGCUCAUUAACACAAAGGUGAAAGAAGUUCUAAGUGCCUCAAAAUCUGAUUGAAUUGGAACCAUCAAUUUUGCAUAAUGUAUUUAAAGUACACAUAUGCCAGAAGUAAUAAUGUGUACAAGUGUAAUAAGUAUUGCAUUGAAAGUGGUAUGAAAGUGAUAAUCAUAUCUCACGUUUCCCGAUAGUAGCCUGCUGAUGCAAAGCCUGGGAGGUAGCAAUAGUAUUAAUGGACGGGUGUUUGUUUUUCCAUGUGUCUGUUAACAGUUGUGUCUUAUCUAUUCAUGUUAUAGUUUCAUGUUAUGAGAUGUUUCUCCCCAAUGAGUGCGUCGUUUUAAACUGACUUUGCUGGAGACGAAUGGGAACUCAUGAUUACAUCAAUUGUGAUGGGUCAGAUUGGGCCAUUAUUAGUAAUUGUCUUAAACAUUAACAGAUAUAAUACCCUGCUAUAUAUUAUAAUGUUGGUUGUAAAUUCCCUGACCUGAAGUAUUCUUUGAGACAUCACUGCCAACUCAACGCCAGCCUUGUGAAAUAUAAGUCAUGCUUGUCUGCUGAACAUAAAUAUUUGUAUAAUAUGUAAGAUAAAUGGGCACUUCGGUGAAUCUCCUGGCGGGUUCACUUCUCAAUGGACCGGUAGCCAUAUUUCUUUUAAAAAUCAGAAUUCAAACCAUAGUGAGCAAGACGUCACGUUGUUAGCCAUGCAGGGAUAAACACGGACAAUCAUCCCUAAACAAAGACCAGUGAUUCCUAAAUUGUAUUUAAAUAAACCACGCAUCCGAAUAAUAUAACCAAUGUUGUCUACCCCGUCUUGUAUAUGUAACCGACCUAACCCCAUAUAUUUUGCUUGCACGACAUUUGGUAUACGUACUAAACCGUUGAACAAAGAUGCAUUCACGUUUUUCGUCCGCCGUGAUAGUGCGCCCAAAGGAUAAUAAAGGAUGAGCAGUCUCCAUUUUGCAAUGAUUCAAAGCCUGGACUCAUUUGCUGCAGUUGCUUCCUUAACCAUGCAAAUAAAAUAUGCUCACGUUAAGUUAGAGAUGGGUGAAAUGGCAACAGAGACAUAAUACACUGGAUUGUAGAGGCUGGUCGUCGCAAUCCUCGGUGACUUGUUUUGGGUCGGUCGAGACUUAUACUGACUGACUGAGUUUAGUUUUACGCCGCUUUUAGCAAUAUUCUCGAGACUUAUAAACAACAAGCGUUUAUGGGCAUGAUAUCAGGAAGCAGUCGUUUCUGUACCUGAUGUUUCAGAUAAACAUGGAGCUUCCGAUUUUGUAGAGGAUGUAUCACGAAAGCCACUUUCCGACUAGAUAUUUCCAUUUCAACAGUUUUGGUGUUCACAAGACAUUUACCUUACAUUGCCUUUUCACAAACUAUCGAGGUUGUUUGAUCUCCCCACACGAAAUUUGCUUUAUUCAUCUAUUCGCAGUUUGUUAGUUAUUAGUAAUAUUAGUGAAGGCGUGACAAUAUGUUAUAGUGUAUUAGUACUUUGAAAUGUGGUCUUGUACAGAAAAGGGACCUUAUCGUUAUUCUGAGAAUUUUCUCUCACGUAUUUAUGUCAUUCCGCCAUGUCCAAUGUGCUUCCGAAGUGAUUUUGUAUCUGAUAAACAUAUCACUCAACCCGUGCCUCUGUCUGACUUUUCAAUUGUACAUUUUGUGAAAAAAUAAAUAUAUAUUAUAUUUCUUUAA